UUUUCUGCACUGAUUUGUGAAUUGUGAGUCUCAAAUUUGUGAUAUUUUACUAGAAAAAGGAAGGGAAUUGAAAGAUGGGUUCUGCAGUGAAAGCUUGGAUGGUUGCAGCCAGCAUUGGAGCUGUGGAGGCAUUGAAGGACCAAGGGUUUUGCCGAUGGAACUACACCAUAAAGUCACUGCACCAACAAGGCAAGAAUAACCUGAGGACAAUAUCUCAAGCCAAGAAGAUUUCCUCUUCAUCUGCCGCUGUAGUAUCUGAUAAAGUGAGGGAAUCCAGGCAGACAGAAGAGUCCUUGAGGACAGUCAUGUACCUGAGUUGCUGGGGUCCUAACAACUGAGGUAGAGUCUUGGCAUGUGAACAAUUUGAAGAUUUGCAUGUAUGAGCACGGCUAAGUCCGUUGAGAAGAGAAGAAAGAUCAUUAAUCUGAGCAAAUUUAAGACGAGAUGAUCGACUUUUUGUAAAUUGUAGAGAAUAUAUUGCAACCAAGGGAUAAUUUUUGUACAUCAUAUAUGAUUGAAAUAAAGUGUUUUUAGACUAAUUUUAAGAA